ACUUCCCUUACUUGUCAAGCCUCUUUACUAGUCUCCUAGCCCUUUUUGUUAAUUUUUCCCUUGCACUUUCAACUAUGUCUAUACUUGUAAUAACCACUCUUCUCCUCAUUUUCUUUGCAUACUUAACCUAUGCAAAUGACAUGUCUUACGACGAUAACAACAACACCAAUAAUAUUGGAAAAUUGACACAUGGGGCGACCGAUGAGGAGGUAAAAGGUAUAUAUGAAAUAUGGUUGGCGGAGCAAGGGAAAAUAUAUAAUGGGAUAGGAGAACAGGGAAAAAGAUUCAAAAUUUUUAAAGAUAAUUUGAGAUUCAUCGAGGAACAUAACAACUCGGAGAACCAGACGUAUGUGCUAGGAUUGAACCGAUUUGCUGAUCUCACGAACGAGGAAUACAGGACCAAGUUUUUGGGCACGAGGAGUGAUGCUAGACGCCGCCUAGUCAAGUCCAAGAACCCUAGCCAUCGUUAUGUUUUUGGGGCUAGCAAUAGGGUACCAGAAUCUGUUGAUUGGAGGAAGAAAGGCGCAGUUGCUCCUAUUAAGGACCAAGGCAGUUGUGGAAGUUGUUGGGCCUUCUCAACAGUGGCUGCAGUAGAAGGCAUAAACCAGAUAGCAACAGGAAAAAUGAUCACACUAUCUGAGCAAGAAUUAGUAGAUUGUGACACAAUGUAUAAUGAUGGUUGCAAUGGUGGCCUAAUGGAUUAUGCUUUUCAAUUUAUUAUUUCCAAUGGUGGUAUUGACACUGAAACUCACUAUCCCUACAAGGGCAUCGACCACAAAUGUGAUCUUGUUCGGAAGAAUGCAAAGGUUGUGAGCAUAGAUGAUUACGAAGACGUGCCAGCAAAUGAAAAAGCACUUCAGAAGGCUGUGGUACAUCAACCUAUUAGCGUAGCCAUUGAAGCUUCCGGCAGGGCUUUUCAGCUUUACUCCUCGGGCAUAUUUAGUGGGAAAUGCGGAACGCAAUUGGACCAUGGUGUGGUGGUGGUUGGCUAUGGCAUGGAAAACGGAGUGGACUAUUGGAUUGUGAGGAACUCAUGGGGCACUAAUUGGGGCGAAGACGGGUACAUCAAAAUAGAGAGAAAUGUAAAAGACACAAAUUCUGGCAAAUGUGGAAUUGCUAUGGAGGCUUCUUAUCCAGUUAAGAAUGGCAUAAACAAAAUUACUGAUGGAGAUGAGGGGAUUAUAAGCAGUAUCUGAAGAAAUACAACUGCCAAGAAGUGGAUGAUUAUGUCUAUUUUGUGAUUUUUAAGCUUAUUAAUUAACUAGUGUAGUUAAUUUCUUAUCGCAUGGGCGUUGUAACUCCAUGAACAUCAUUUGGGCAUUCCUUCUAAAAAAAUUGUCUUAAUAUGGGAAUGUUUAUUUAAGGAUGAGAGUCUUCAGUUUA